AUGGUCCAAUACGCUCGACAUCUGUACAACCGCGACGAAGCCCUGGAGGAGUCGUUUGGAAGCGACCACGGCAGCAGCGACGACGAUGCGGUGGAAACUAGCACGCUAUCCAACCGAAAGAUCCACCGAAACAAAUUGCAGCUGGUCAAGGUCAAGGCAUCCCGAUUGGCACUCAAAGAUGCCCAAUUGAAAGAUCUCCUGGCUCGUAUUCGCACCAACAUCCAGCAAUUGAUCGUUGAAGGAUGCAUUCGAAUCGAAAAGGAGGGCUACAACAAGAUGCACAAGAAAAAAAUCUCCGGCAGCGUCACAAGCGGCCCUUGGACCGUUAACAUUACAAUGAAGCCUGAGACUUGCAAACACUUUCAAGAGCUGCGUUUUGGACACUGGCAGAGUGAGAACCAAAAGGGCCCUUCGCUGUUCACCAGAGAGCUCUAUUUUGACACAAGAAAGGGAAUGAACAAGCUGAGUGAAUCUGCUGCAGACAAGCCCUCCGGAGAUAAGCCCUCGGAUGCUCUGUUUCUCUCGGACGAAGAAGAUAACACCAAAGAGAACCUGAGAGUCAAGUACAAGGAGUUCCAGUACUUGCGAGGAGUCAUUGAAGUGGUGGUGGAAGAAUUCCCUCUUGCGUGA